UUGUUCGUAUGCAAAGUGCAAAAAACUUAAGAAGCUAUUCCUCAGAUACACACAGGGAACAGUCCUUGCCUGUCACGAAAUUGCAGGGUACGCUUUCUUGUGCCAUGUCGGUUAUCUGGCUGCUGCUUUUUAUGACAUUAGCAGCAACAUUUGUUGUGUCCCAGUAUUGCAGCCGAGAGGCAUGGAAAGAAUAUAAGUACAAGUUCGAUAAAUACUAUCCUUCGGAUGAGGAGGACAGACUUAGAUUCAAUAUUUACUGCGGGAACAAACUGCGGGUUGAUGCGCAUAACGCAAAGUAUGAGAGGGGCCAGGUGUCAUACAGACAAGAAUUGAACGAGCUCUCAGACAUGACUGAGGAGGAGAUCGAGAACGGCAAGUAAGGGUAUCCAUGUAGCCCGUUCUGCAAAGGUCGAAUAUAGGAAGCUGUGCUGAUUCCUGGACGUACAAAUAAAAACUGGGAGUUGUGCGGUAAAUCUUAUGUGCACGCUGAAAACUAAUAAAUCGUGUUCAUACUUCAUGCA